GUGAUCUGCGAACUCUUUUUCUUUCAAAAUGUCAAGAAUUUCCGACCACAUCAGCGUGAGCGACAGUUUUACUGUGCUACUGGACGAUUCUUUGAAAGAAAGCCAAUCAUUAAGAGAACAAUUGAGGCAGCAAAAUGCCUUAAAGUUCGAAGAGCUUUCAAACAAAGUGGACUCUUUGUGCAAACUUGUCGCCGAGAAAAACUCGGGCAGCAAGGAAACGAAAUCAAAGAAAGGUUAUGUCAACGUUUGUCUUUACGUUGGCCUGGAGGCAGUCAUCUCGGUUCUGUCAUAUCAGGCCGAUCAAACAUGCCACUUCUAAUGUCUUGUCUACAAAAACAAGUUCAGUAACAGGCAGCAUUUUUGAGCAAAUUCCUAAAGAGGAGCUGGCACCGAAAACCAGACCACGGCUGCGAGACAGGGAGUUUCUCCCAGGCUCAACGGGUGACGGAUUCCCAGAGUUCUUGGCAGAGCCAAGUGACUCUUUCCCGGUCGGUAUGCGAGUCAAUACUGGAGACAAAUCCUCUCUCUUAGAACUGGGUGCAAAUUGCAUGGAAUACAUAAAGAAGAACCUUGCUAAUAGCCAGGCGAUAUUGUUCCGCGGACUUCCAGCUGAAACAGCAGAGGACUUCUUGGCCUUAACCCAAGGAAUGCGAGGUAAGCCUCUGAACUACGAGGGUGGUGCUACACCCAGACCCAAGGAGUUGAAAAAUUCUGACAUCUACAUCGCCACAACUGAGCCCGGAGCGUACACCAUCGAGUUGCACAAUGAAAUGGCGUAUCUCAAGACUUUCCCCAGGAAGGUUUUAUUUUUCUGCCAAAAAGAGCCUGGCGAGAGUUGUGGUGGCGAGACUCCUUUGGCUAAAUGCAGCGACAUUGUAUCCAAACUUGAUCCCGAAGUCGUGAAGAAGUUCGACGUAAAAGGAGUCAUGUAUGUACGAUAUCUGCCGGACAAAUCACGGUCAGACUACAUGCCCUGGCAGCAUCAGUUUUACACUGACGACAGAAAGGCAGCAGAAAGAGGAGCACAGCAGCAAGGUUACACUGUAAAAUGGGACGAUAACGGUGAUAUGUACCUGUCUUACAGCGCACCGGCCUUUCUUUCUCAUCCAGUAACAGGAGAAAAAAUCUGGUUCAACCAAAUAACAACUCACCACUGCACUUACUCGAAAGCACUGCCACAGUACAAAGGUUCUGAUCUCCCGGAUGAGAAAUAUCCCCAUCACACCUAUUAUGGAGACGGAAGUGACAUCGAGCCGGAAGUGUUACAACACAUCAGAGCAGUUUCAUGGUCAUGCGCAACUGGAUUUCGGUGGAAGAAGGGUGAUUUAAUAGCGCUUAAUAAUCUGAACGUUCAGCAUGGACGAAUGGCCUUCACGGGAGAGAGAAAAAUACUGGUGCAUAUGACGACAGACUAAACCCGAACCUGAAUUUGUAUUUUAAAGCUAAGAAAAGUAAUUUUCGCAUAUUAUUAUGUAACAUUUUUGUUAUGAUGUAGUUAGAUUAUCUUGACAUCCUAGAAUCUAGAGGGAAAGUUUGAUAGCCACGAAAUUUCUUCCUUCUGAAAUUUGUCGCAGAAAACAGUUUUAUUGUGUCUUUGCUUUGGGCGCAAUAAUUAUAAAGAUCCGCCCAGCGUAAACUUUGCAAACACAUUGUGUCUUUUUGACUUGCAAAUGUUUCUCAGCUAUUAACCUCAAGUGCUCUGAAACAGGUUAUAUAUUAAUAAGGCGCCCAGCCGUCUGAAGACACGUACAGUGGUCUGCUUUGCUGCUUUUAUUUCAAACAGAGCAGUUACAUCAAGGUACUUGUUUUGACGUGGAAGCGGAAGAACUUUAUUUUCAUCAGUAACAAAUUCUCAGUCAUGCAAUGCAGCGGAAAUAAGUGGUGCGAGAUAUAUAAUAGCGUGCUUUUCCAUACUAUUCUUCCGAUGUAAUUGUCGGAGACUGCGUGAUUACUUGCGUGAAGUUAAUUUUGUCAACAACAUUAUCAUGGAGUUUCUAAUUUGUACAUGAUUGACGUAACCUCGAAUAACCUUUUUCAUAGUGCUUAGCAACGAUCAAUCACAAUGUAGAGAAUGUAGUAUAAGAAUUAGGAUCUCGUUUCAAGUUGCCUGAGUAGCUCUUUACACGCCUGCUGUAACCGAGUGAAUACGCGAGAACGAUUAAACAGUUAAACUCAGUCGAGUCUGUUAAUUGAGUCCUGUAAGUUAGAAGACCGGUUAUCCCUAGUAAACGGGGCAAGGUUUACGAAAUAAUCAACGAUCGCCACUGUCUGCCUUGCUAUAACUGAAUAG